UCCGUCCAUCCAUCCAUCCAUCCAUCCAUCCAUCCAUCCAUCCGUUCGUUCGUUCACGCACGAUAAUGUGCGACCAGUUACGCGGCGCGUUACGAUAAUCGUUGUUGCUGUGUCGUCUUCGGCCGUGCGCGAGCGUUUUGUGACGCUGUUCGACGACGUGAGAACUUAGAAAACGCGGCUGUUGCGUUCCACAACGAGCGACGCCACGACGACGCGAGGGAAAACGAAAGUAAACCGCUCGGGGUAGGGAAUUUCCUACGGCGGGGGGAAAGGGGGGAGGGAGGUGAAAAUGAGAGGAGAGAGAGCUGCAAGUUCCAACCCCUUUGAAAUUGUGUGCGACGUGUUUAUCGCAACGACGAACAAUGGUGCACGUAUAUCGCCGCCUUGAUGACUGGCACGCAACACGGCUGUCUCGGGUGCCUCGAUUUACGUGCUCCCGUGUGUACGCGAGAGCUCGUAUCGAUUCGCGAAAAGAAUCACCCGCAUGCGUCCGGUCGCGUUACAAAAUCAAGUUAUCAUCCGCGCGCGGCGGCCUUAAUUCACCUCGGGCUUUAGUUACACACAGGUGUUUCUGCAGAAACGAUCAGGGGCGGCUUUUCUACCGCUCGGGAAACGGCACAGCACAUGCAGCGUCUCGUUAAAAUUCCAUUACGCUUCAAACAGAUACAGCAUGUACGAGGAUAUCGCCGACGAUAUCUUCAUGCAUGUUGCUCGCUCGCUUCGAUUUGAUCCUUUACCUGAUUUUUUCUUUUUUUUUUUUUACGCGAUUCAAUAAUUAGUUUUUCCACGCUUAUCACGAGGGGAAAAUAUAAAUGACAAAAAAGUUUGACGAAGGCUGUGCGGGUCGUCGUGUACAGUUCGGUACCUCGAUUAACGAAUGCUUGUGCAAACAAUUAUGGGAGCCGAAGGUUAUCGGAAUUAAUCGACAACCGAGGCGGCAGACUUGAGAAGCUUUAAAUUUGGAACGAGGGCAUCUUCGUUAAGGGACACACUUGGGACCUUCCCCGACCUUUCCCGUCCCACGCGCUCGAUUGCACGCCGCGAAGUUGUAAGGCGUGAUAAACGCCGAAUCGGCGAACGUUGCUCGGGGCGUGAAACGGGGCUAUUCCGCGCGAUUAGCUCACUGGUCGAUCUUUUCUGUGUACGGCAAUUAAAGUUGUCAAACCACUCAACGCGCGUCUCGCAAACGUCGCGUCCCAAGCCCUCCCCUUCCGUUUUCUACGUCGCCGAUGCUAAUCGAAUCGGAUGCAUGCGAAUGCGCAAACUUGCUCAAUAACAACGAUCGCGAAUAAAUUACGUCGCGCCUCGGGUGUUAGCUUUACAAUCUUCUAACGCGAUAAGUACUGUGCUUUAAGUAAUUGCAAUUAUUCAAAUUCAAAUAAUAACUAUAUGUAAUAAUAUUACAAAUAAUAUUACUAUCUAAUUCGAGAGAAAGAGAGACAGAAAGGAGGUGAGAGAUGCAAUUCAGCAAGAUGCUGAUAACAACAAAGGCGACUGUUUGCUCAUCGAUCGACGGGUGAUAUCGUCCUGCGAAUCUCGGAGUACUCCGCACACUUCUUGCCAUUACCCCCGAGUCUUUCCGAAGGCUGUCUGUCAAAGUGACACUAAAACGAUCCUCGUGUCGUCGAAGAGUUAACAACGGAGAGCGAGAUUCGCAUCAGGAGGAAAAGAGGAAGAGGCAGAGGGAGGGGGAGAAAGAGAGAGAGGGUAGACGCGGAGAGAGGAUAGCCCGAAGCGCUGGGAAUCCGUUCUCGGAUGAGGGAAGGCUUGUUUUCAGCGCGCGAGGGGUACGGUUGUCGAGCGUAGCCGAAACGCGGGAGAAGAAUCGCCAGCGUGCGCGGUAACCGCCGGUGGAUCAUCACAGUCGAGUGCGGACGGACACCGCCGACAAACAAUAGGGACCCUGGCCGGUGGCUUCCGAUGGGGUCGUGGUAGCCGCUUACUCGCAUACGCAAAGCGCGCGCGUAUAUUCGUAACAGAGUAUAUAUCUCGCGAUGAUAGGCCAGCCGGUAUAGCGGGCAGGAAGAGAUCGUCGUAUAGGGGGGAAAUCGCCAUAGCUAAUCGUACCACCCAAGGUGGCACAGAUUGAGAGCCCCAUCAGCAUACAUCCUCUCCUGGCUAACGAGAUACUCAGCGUCCAUCCAGUUUGUGCGCGCCGUUACGCCGCUCGUCGCCGAUCGACGACGUAUGUGUCGUGCGUCAGCUUCCGGAUCGGCCCGAAUCGCGAAUCUCCGCGAAUCCCUGCGAACGCUCUAAAUUCCACGGAGGGAAUUCAGUAUACCGUCGCUCUGGAAUCGGGCCGGAGGAAGGGAGAGAGAGGGGAAAAAAGAGGAAACCCGUGCGCGCGCUAGCGCGCUAAUCGACGUUGGAGCAUCUAAUCCUUCAUCCCCCGUCGUCCACGCGCAUGUCCUCGACCUCUUUUUCCUUCGUCCUCCAUCGCGUCUCAUCCCUCUCGGCUUAAAUCCCGCCGCUAGCGUCACCACUUCGAACGUGCCGUGUUCACUCACGAAAAAAAAAAAAAAAAACGGCGACGUUGAGAGGGAGACCAGGGGGACAAGAGAGAGAGUGUGAGACAGAGAGGCAGAGGCAAAUUCGCUCUUGGUGCCCCUCGACGAUCCAGCUCCGGCGAUUCUCUUCCCCAUCGGGACGGCCGCCGCUUCCGGCUAACUGGAAGUGAACGCUCUAUGUAAACGAUUGCCGAGCGCGGUUCUCGUUGGAACGUACAGGACGCAGGAAGCGCAUCAUGGAAGUGGCAAGCGAGCUGUCGCCGCUGUCGGGGGCGGAGAAUCAGGGCAAGAUCAAGGAGAGGAGCUCGUACUACCCUCAAGAGCCCAGCAAGAGGCCGCGGACCGCCGGGCAGAAGAUGCGAUCGUGUCUGAGCCACAACGCGCUGACCAUACUGACGGUCUGCGGCGUGGUGGGCGGCGUGGUACUCGGCAUCAUCCUGCGCAACACACGCGAGAAAUGGACGCCCCGCGAGAUCAUGUACAUCAAUUAUCUCGGCGACCUGUUCCUGCGGAUGCUCAAGAGCUUGAUCCUGCCGUUGAUCAUCUCGAGUCUGAUAUCGGCCAUCGGCUCGCUCGAUCUGUCGCUCAGCGGCAGAAUCGGCGCGCGCGCGAUCGGCUACUACAUGGUCACGACCAUCUGCGCGGUUAUCCUAGGUAUAAUUCUGGUCGUCUCGAUUCAACCUGGUGUCGGUAGUUCCGCCGCGGAGACCAAAAGGCCGGCGCAAAAUGUUUCCACAGUCGACACGUUGAUGGACCUAGUUAGAAACAUGUUUCCGCCAAAUCUCGUGCAGGCCUGUGUCGCUCAACAUCGAACCGAGCCUAAGUUACCUGAGAAUUCCAGUAUUCCUAUGGAGGAAUGGGAACUCGAGGAGAAGAUAGUCUCGGGCUCCAAUAUCCUCGGUCUCGUCGUAUUCGCGACGGUGAUGGGCAUCACUCUCGGUAAAAUGGGGCCGCAGGCGAAGCCACUGCUGAGCUUCUUCGAAUCGCUGUCCGGCGCUAUGAUGCAGAUCACCAGCUGGGUCAUAUGGUUGUCGCCGAUCGGCGUGCUCUCUCUAGUCGCCUCGAAAAUUACGGAGAUGAAGUCGCUCGACGAGAUAGUCGGCCAGCUCGGAAUGUACUUCCUGACCGUGUUGGUCGCCCUGAUGAUACACGGCUUCCUGGUGCUGCCCGGGAUGUACUUCCUCCUCACGAAGAAGAACCCUUAUUCGUACAUCUCAAAUAUGGCGGAAGCGCUCGUCACUGCCUUCGGCACGUCCUCGAGCUCGGCGACGCUGCCGCUCGCCAUCAGCUGUCUCGAAGAGAAAAACGGCAUCGAUCCGCGUGUCACCAGAUUUGUCAUGCCGAUAGGUGCUACCGUAAACAUGGACGGUACCGCCUUGUACGAAGCUGUAGCUGCCAUUUUCAUCUCGCAAGUGCGUAAGGUCCCUCUUUCCUUCGGACAGCUGGUAGCGGUAAGUAUCACGGCGACCGCUGCCAGUAUCGGCGCGGCUGGAAUUCCGCAGGCCGGCCUAGUGACCAUGGUGAUGGUAUUGGACACAGUACGACUUCCGGCCAACGACGUCUUCUUAAUUAUCGCGGUCGACUGGUUACUAGAUCGCUGCAGGACGACCAUUAACGUCAUCGGCGACUCGCUAGGGGCAGGAAUCGUUCAGCAUCUCAGCAGGAACGAGCUCACGGCGUUGCCGCACGCCACGCAGCAGACGCAAAACGGAGCCGACUGUCACGCGACCACGUCGAUAUGAGCUGAGGGGGUGUUCGUUAAUCGUUGAAAUCCGCGUCUCCGACGACCGGUGAUUACGAAAUCUUCGAGAGCUUCGCGAUCGGAGGAUCGACCAUCCACGGCAUGGCAAAGCAUAUCGGCAAAACUUAUAAUCGCGCGCGGCUUAUCGUUGAAAUGUUGCCAUAACAUACUGCGAAGAACUUGCGAGAGUUCCGAGAAUUUAAGAAUAUAUGCGAGAGAAUAUUAACUAAAAUCAAUGAUUAGAGUUAAGAGAGUUACGAAUAAAUUUAUGGACGACAACAUGAUAUUACUUGUUACAGCCGUGUCAUGUCUGAGAUUUCUAAUUUCCGACUUCUCUUUUUUUAUAAGUUAUAGAAUUUCGAGGACUAUAUAUAUAAAUAUAUACAGCGCCCCGUUGACGGGUAUAUCUAUAUACAUUUUCAAUCGUACAAUACGGUCGACGGAUCGCGAGACGCGAUCCCUUGACAAAGUGUGUUCUUGCAUACUCAGUAAGUGUUCCGUUUUUACCUUAGCCAAAUAAUAAUCGAUUUAGUUAUUAAUUACCCCUAAUACGCGAACCAAACUAUGAACGAAGGGAGCAAUCGACACACUGUACCACCGUAUCGUAUAAUGCCAUAAUCUGCGAUAAACGCACGCGGAAUGUGCCCGCGGGCGUGCGCGAAUCUCUCAGUUCAGUUGCCUGUAUAUGCAAGUACUAUAAGGAAAGAAAAGAAAAGAAAAACAAGGAUUACUUUGGUUGUCGUUUAAUUGACAUUCAUUCCGCGAUACAAAAUGAAAGUUUAACGUAACGAUAGGCCGGUUAAAAAAUUAUUAACGCGCAGCUCGCGGUGCGAGCGACAAGCGUUUUUUUCAGAUUAUUUUGGAAAAUCUAAGAUAAGCUUGUGAAACUAAAUACUUCUUAACUUUAGUCAUCGUAGGUCCCCUUACUAAGCGAAUCUGCUUGUAAAAUGUAUAAGUAUAUAGUA